GCGCUAGCCUAGCUCUGCUCCGCACUGCUGGCUGCGCACUGCUCUGGACGGGGCGAACCAACACGUUGCGCAACUGUCGCAGGACCCCAGGAAUGGAGUUGCCAAGGCUGCUUCUGUAGACAUCGGUUCUCUCAGUGCAGUUUCGGGCUUGUCUUUGGAGAGACUUGAAAGUUUCCUUUCACAGAGAGUCUACGGAGGUGAUGGGCCACUCCCAGGGCGUCCUCUGGGAGGCAGCAAGGUCUUCCAAGUUAAGGUAAUUUUUUGACAUUGCCGAAAUGGUUGAUCCUAGCUACAAAUGGGAAUUUGGAGUCACUCUGAAAUAUAUCCUGGAAUAAUUGUGUUUGACUGGAACCAAAUCUUAUGAAGUCUCCAAGGAUGAGAGUCUGGGCUAGGUCAGUUUUGCUGUCACACUGGCUCUUUCUGGCCUACGUGUUAAUGGUGUGCUGUAAGCUGAUGUCCGCCUCCAGCCAGCACCUCCGGGGACACACAGGUCACCACCAGAUCAAGCAAGGGACCUGUGAGGUGGUCGCAGUGCACAGGUGCUGUAACAAGAACCGCAUUGAGGAGCGAUCACAAACGGUCAAGUGUUCUUGCUUCCCAGGACAGGUUGCUGGCACAACUCGGGCUCAGCCUUCUUGUGUUGAAGCUUCCAUUGUGAUUCAGAAAUGGUGGUGUCACAUGAAUCCUUGUUUGGAAGGAGAGGAUUGUAAAGUGCUGCCAGAUUACUCAGGUUGGUCCUGUAGCAGUGGCAAUAAAGUCAAAACUACAAAGGUAACACGGUAGCAAAGAUGUGCUUCAACCCUAGAGGAGCAACAGGAUGCAGAGCUCUCUUGUCUGGACUGCUUGUCUUGGCCUCUUUGUGGGAAAUUGUCUUGGAUUUCAGCAACAUCCUAUUUGGAUAUCCGGGCUGUGAAGAGUGGCAUUCACUUAACUAUCCAGCCUUGUCUACUUCAUGAUUUUAUUACAGGGAAUUAUAACUAUGGGCUGCCACACAGUUGAUAGGAUAACUAAGGAACCCUGGAGGAACAAACUAGACACUUCAUGAUGGAUCACCGCAGCAUGAAUAUUGGGUCUUCUGUUUCCUUCUGCCUUUACAAAGGAGCAAGGACAUGUUUCAGAGGAUCCUCAUUCUCUUCCUCUCUUGAACUUUUGCUUCAGCUCUUGUGUUAAAGUCCUUUGAAAGGGGGUCCAAAUAGCCAAAUAUUUUGGCAAAACUUUUUUGCAGAUGUAUAUCAAUGAACUCUGAUGAACUGGUGGUAGAAAUUUAUUUUAUAAACCUUGAUGAAUAGAAGGACUAAUUAAUGUUACUGUGUAUGCAUUUCUAUUAUUGCUUUUGAUGAUUUUAAAUCUUUGAAUUUAUAAGUUCUAUUGGCAGAUUACCAGAAAUAAAACGGGAGCAUUUUAACUUCGGUGCACCAUUUUACCAAGUGCUGAGGAAGCAUAUUAACUCCAAUAUUUUAUAACCAAAGCUCUAUCAUGACAUACCCACAACUGAAGUAAAGCCUGUUGGGAUUUUCAUGGCUUUAGUGUAGUCAGAGAGGUAAAUCAUUAAAAAUAUAAAAGUCUCUGCUUAGAUCAAGGGUGAUUUCUUAGAUUCAGUUUAUGUCAAUUAUAUUAAAAUAUUAAAACAAAAGUCUUUACAUGCAGAAUUUUUAGACUGUAACUGAUUUAUUCUGAGCUGCUUCUCUACCUAUUUGUCAGUCAUCUCAUUUAUUUAAAUGUAAAUAAAAUCUGAGUCUUUUUUUUCUAAUGAUUUUGCAGCAGCCAUGUCUCCACUUAGUCUCAGAUGCUGUCAUGCAGAAACAUAUUAGAGAUGAAAAGUUACUGACCCAAAUUUUAAAUGGAUAACAUCAAUCAAACACAUAUUGCUAUAAUAAUAUGGGAUACAUUUUAUAUAUUAAAAAUGCCAAAAACAUCUUUUCUACAUUGUUAAUUAUCCCUGUCUUUGCCCACUUAUGGGGAAAAUAAUACUAUCAUGUUGUUUGUAGCAGUAACAGUUAUGUCUAUUUGAUUUUAUUCAAUCUUAUUCUUGCAGAAGGAAUGCAAAGAGGUGAUAGCCAUUUGUUUGCUAAAUUUUGUUUGAAUCUGACUGACGAGAUGCUUAGCAGAACUGUUACUCUCAUAUUAGUAAGUAAAAAAAUCCAUUCUACUGAUGGUGUAUGGCCUAUAUGUUUUCGUGAUUAUGUCAUGCCUAAAGAGUUGCUUGAUGUUAACAUCUUAGGCUUGCAGAUUUUUAUUAUAAAUGUGAGGAACAACUUUAUGUAAAGUUUAUUGUUGGGGAUGUUUACUCUAUGGCAAACUCAGCAUUUAUAUAGAGUACUAUUUUGUUGCUUCUCCCAAACCUAUAUAGCAGCAAGGAGAAUUUAAAAUGUAGGGAGAUUUAAUUAAGUUGAGGCACAUUUGAGGUGUUUUAUGUGUAUUCUGCUGCCUUUAGUGUAAGACCUUCCAUUAUGGGAAAGCCAGUUAAAAAAAUAAGAUUUUAUGGUACAUGAAAAAAUGUCUUAGUUUUUCAGCCACACAUCUCAUCUUGUACCCCAAAUAAGAUCACAUAAAAAUGACACUGCUUCACCUUGAGGUUCGUUUCUAGGGUAUAAACUACUUCCAGGGAAUAAAUCGUCCAUUUGGGAAAAUGGCAGGUAUCAAAGCUGCCAUUUCAUCCAUUAUUGCUUCAAAGUGUACUUUUCACCUAGUCUGCAAGUUAGCCCUGAAAUGGAGCUUUCGCUGAGAAGCAUUUUAAUGUUAUCAUUCCUAUUCUUUUCCCGUAGGGAAGUAGGUAUAUAGAAGACUCUCCUGUAUUUUUACAGAACUUAAAGCAAGGAUAGCAAAGGAAGAUGCCAGUUGAGUCAGCCUCAGCCAUCUGAUUGUGGCAUGUGGGGUCUCAACACCCAAGAGACCUUCACUUUUUAUAUCUUGGCAUUUUCAGAUGCUCAGCUAGGGCUGUGGACUCAGCCAGGGUCUCUCCAAAGGAACCAACAACUUCCUCAAUUUUAGGGCGCUCCCUCAGGUUCACAUUUGCUGCUCUAAGCCAUAUACAUCCUUUUAGCAUCUGCCCUUGGAAAAAUGGAACUCUGUUCACAUGUUAAAUUCAGUAGCACUCAAUGAACUUUCCCAAAACACCUCAGAGUUGUUGCGGGGAAGUUAUCCACACUUAUACACACAGAUCCAUUUUUCCUACUCAACCUGGGACGUCUUUAUGACUAUUUCCAUAUUGUAGAGGAGAAUAUAGGCCCCAAUAAAAUUACAUUUAAUAUUAAACUCAUACAGCUAGUGACUCUGGAGAAUUAUGCAAUGGAGAGUCAUAAAAAGAGACAGGAAAUUAUAAAUUUGCUUUUCUUUGCCUUUUUUUUUUUUUAAUCUUCUUAGGGCCGCACUUGUGGCAUAUGGAGGUUCCCAGGCUAGGGGUUGAACCAGAGCUACAGCUAUUGGCCUACACCACAGUCACAGCAACUCAGGGUACAAGCUGUGCCUGCUUCCUACACCACAGCUCAUAGUAAUGCCGGAUCCUUAACCUACUGAACCUGUGUCCUCAUGGAUGCUAGUCAAAUUAGUUUCUGCUGAGCCACGAUGGGAACUCCUUCUUUGAGUUCUUUUAAAAUAACAUCUACUACUCUGUAUUCCAGGUGUCAGACAGAUGGCCUAGGUUUAGAAUCUGGCUAGUAUCUGACCCUGCUUUAUCAGGGUCAGAUGUUUUUGUGUCCUUCACUCUUUGUCACUCUCUUACAAUGUGCCAAUACACUGAUGAAAAAUGUCAUACUCCUAAUAUUUCAAAAAUUGGGUAAAAAAUUCACUAUUGAAUUUCAAGAAACCAUUCUUUUUUAUUUAUUUAAUAAAAGACUGUUGGACUGGGAUAAUAUGAAAAAAUGGACUAUUCAGUAACUAGAAAUAAUCAACCAUAAGAUUCCAUAUAUUACUAUGCACAUUGGCAGAACACUAGCCCUUCUCCAUCUCAUUUUUAGAGGCUGUAUGGCAGAAGAUAUAGCCCCAGUAUAUGUUACAUGGAUUUUCAAGACUUCAUGAAGAAAAUGCAGCAACACUGAGGCCAUAAUCUUCCACAUCAGUGCUAUUGGCUGGAGUAGAGACAGUAGCCCCUUCAACGGGAGUGCCCCCACCCCAGUCCAAUACUGUGACUACUUGGCCAGCUCCUCUUGCUUCAAGUUUUGCUCAUACUAUGGAAUUUUGCAAAGACUUCACUGGUGCACAAGGUUGAGAAGUGACUCCUGCAAAUGUCAAUGGAAAUAAUCUCAUUGAAAUACAGAUAAUUUUUCCAAGACUGGAAAAUGCUUCUGCUGAAAAUUCUUAGUGAUGAGCUAUUUAGGGACCCACUAACCAAGGAUGAAUCCAGUGCUAGUAACUACACUAUUUUUGUUCUCUUUGAAAUAGGCACAGCAUUAUUAAGAGUUGUACUGAAAGCAUGUGGACUUUUCUGUUAGGGGUUGGCUAAGUGUGGUCAAAUCCAGCCUGCCCAGUUUUGUUAAUAAAGAUGUAUUAGGACACAGCCAGGGCAUCCAUUUAUGUAGCAUCUCAGGCUUUUCCCUGUACAAGCAGAGUAGAUUAGUUGUGACAAAGUUCACAUGACCCACAAAGUCUAAUGCAUUUACUUUCUGCUCCUUUGUGGAAAAGGCUACUGAAUUGUGUUCUAUACAAUGGAAGAAUAUGAUUUUUUUUUUUUGUGAAUUCAUUGGAACACUGUAAGAGAGUGGCAAAGAGUUGAGGUACUGGAGGAAAACAAAUCAGUUUGGAUAUAGGCUCUGCUACUCAUUUUUCAGAGCUUUCUACUCCAUACAUUUCAAUUUCUUUUUAAAAUGGGAAUAAUGAUACAUACAUCCUACAGAAAUUUUUUGAUAUGAAUUUUAAAUCAAACUGUUAGCAUGGUGGUGGGCAAAUAAUAAACUCUUGACAAAGAUGUGCUUCUGUUAUAAGUAAUUUGUAAUCCAAGUAGUGACCUCAUAGAAAAAGAGUAGCAAACAGCAUGGCCUGACUUCAAAACUGGGGUGUAAGAUUUAAGUGAACACCACUGACAGAAAAUUGGGGGCAGAUAAGACCAGACUUUAAAGUAUUUUCUCCUUGUUUCCAAGUCAGUGAGAACUCUGAGAAGGCAGAGCAAGGACAAAUUCAGCAAACAAUUCAAGGAACAUUGCCUUCCCUUGACCUUGGCUGUCCGUUUGGCAGAGUAUUGAAAAUGCUUAUGCUUUCUCUCUGGACAAGUCAAUGUCCUGAGACUAUAACACCUAUCUGGUGGAAGUUGGAGCAUCAAUGGAAAGAAAGAUAGAUCACACGGGGAUGCUGAUUUGAAUCUGCAACCCAAGAUGACAGAUGUAACAGAUACACACAAACACCAUUCUUUCAGGUUCAUCUUGUAAAAAAUUCCAGCCCUAUCCAGAAGCCACAUGAAAGGAAACAAUCCUUUCAAGUUACAGAGUAAUCUUGUAAACAUAAACUUUGAACAAAAGAGCCCCUUAAAUAAUUGAUGAACAGUUACUGAAGCAUGUUGGGCAGUCUUUGUAGUAUUGAUUUGGGCUGGGAACAAAGUGGGUCUCUGCAUGCUCAUGCUUAAGUCCUUUUCUCUCCUCUUUCGUGCUGUUAAUAUUCAUAGCCUGCUUCCACGUGAGGGAUGUGCAACGAUAUCUCUUUCAUAUCUCUUUCACUUGGGCCUUUGCUCUCUGUGGAUAGGGUCUCUGACCCAUUCUUUAAUUAUCAGCUUUUAUUCUCUUAAUGAGGAGUUAUCAAAAUAGUUUAGGACACUGAAUUAUUAAUUGAAGAACUGUAAUUAGUGACCAAAGAAUGGAGGCAAGCAAAUGAACUUUGGUUCCAAAUCUGAAAUCCUCCUCUCGGGAGUUCAGUUUGCAUCUCUGAACUUGCCUGCCCUCUUUUUGAAUUGCAUCUUCACCCUUGCUUUGCUACAUAUAUUAAGUUCAACAUUCAGUGUUUUAUAUUUUAUAGACCAUUCAAAGACACCAUAGAAAAUAUAAUCAUGCCCUUACUAUUUUAGCAUUCCCAUAACUGAAAAGAAAACAUAAAAAAUAAUCCAUACUUUUUCUCUUCACACACAAAUCAAUAGAACGGACUGCUUAGGUCAGCUCAGUGGGGACAUGGGUUGAAAUAGGAAUCAGGACAAUACUUUGGAACAUUUAAAUAUUUAUGAGCGCUAUCUAUCUGACAGAGCACUGAAAUGGAUUCUUAAUGCCACAGUAAAGAAAGGGGAGUAAAACCACUGAGUCUUAGCUUGAGAAAGUUAGUGACAACUCUUGAAACUGUCAAAGUCAGAAAAAUUGGUAUUUGAUGCUGCUAUAUGCCAUUUCAAUCACUGUCUUCCCUGAUUCACUACUAGAGCACAGAUGAAGAAUGAGGAUAAGGGAGGGGAUCUUUAAAAGAUGCUCUAUCUCAUAUUCUCAAGGGAAAGGGACUUCGCCUCUGGAAAAUCAGUGCAGAUGGCUCUGACUUGGUGAUGUCGGCACUUGUGCUGUGGUCAGAGAGAGUGAAGUAGCAAGGCACUGGAAUAUGGUUUUGGAGGGCUUGUAUUUCACUUCUGAUUAGACAAAAGAUGGGUGUCAAAGAUCUUCCCAUGCUUUAAAGAGAACUAUGCCAUUUCAAACACAAAAAGGGGUCAGUAGUGUGUGUGAGGGGGUCCCUUCAUGCCCAGAAUAGGACCUGGGAGGCAGGUCCACUCAAUAGGAAAAGAUUUGUCAAAAUCGAUAGAUUCGACUACAUAAAAAGCAGAACCUUGUGUUGUGUAUGGCUAAACCACAUAAAACCAACUAAAAGUCCAACUGGGAAAAGUAUUUACACCUUCUGUGGGCAGACAAAAUUAUGAAUAUCUACAUAUGCAAAACUUUUACAAACCUGUAAGCAAAAGAUGAGCCUCUUGAGAAAAAAGCAAAAAAGGGUAUAAUAAAUCACAAAGGAAGAAAUAUAAAAAGGGCCAUAUGAUGUGCCAUUUUUCUGAGUAGGUGAGAUUGAACAGUCUUUUGUAUCAGUUUGGCUGAUAGUAAAAAAACAUAGAAUAUUUAACAGUAGUUGCAGGGGUGUGAUGUUAUCCUGUACAUAUUGCAUCAAGGGCCUUAGCAGUGCAGUACUUCUUGACUUGAAGUUUCCACUUACAGACAUGUAAGAAAUUAAUAAGAGGCCAACUGGCAUGACCAAGACUAUGAAUAAGAAUUGUUCAUAGGGAAAGCAAUCAGAAAUCCUACAUCAGGACCGAGAUCAAGAUGGUGGAGUAGGAGGAUGUGGAGCUCACCUCUUCACACCUAUACAUCAAGAAUACAUCUACAAAAGGAACAGCCCUUGCAGGACAUCUAAUGAACACUGGCAGAACUCAAAACACCUGAAAUGACAAGAGUGAUUCUCUACUAACUGGGUAGAAUGAAAGAGAAAAAAAAA